AUGGAUAAAUUGAGCCUUUUGGAGCCACUGCUUGAAAAAAAGCAAGAUUCACCGAAAUUAAGUUUUCAAACGAUGCAAACUUCUGUAUCAAUGCCUCAGAUAUUUCACAAAAACGAAAGUGAGCCAGAACUUUUAUCCCUGAAGCAAGCAGUUUUUAAUAUUUCUUCGGAGUUCGAAAAAAAGCUGCCUCAUGCAAUCAAUAUUCCUUUCUGUGUGGAGGAAAUGAUGUCAUUUUCAGAUGAAAUCCAUUACUUAGUUUCUACUACUAAAGGUAAUAUUCUUUACUUUAAUGCUGUAACUCAGCACUUCGAUGAAAAAAAUUUUCAGCUGGCUCUUUCUCAAUUGUUGUUUUGGAAAAUGAAAGAAUUGUUUAUUUUUCAAGGGAAAAUGAAAUUUUCUGCAUUAGUAUCCCUUCUCUGGAGUUUAAGUCAUUUCGAAAGUUUGAGGUUAAGCGUCGAGUUUGUUUAA